UGUUCCAGCAGAAGAAAAAGAAGCGCCGUUUCCAGAAAAGCCAAAGACGCGCAAAAGGCCUCCUACUGGUUAUGAAAUGGAAAUACCCUGGGUCGCAAGUAUUGUUACGAAGCCAGCGGCGGAAGUUCCACAGAAAGAAAAAGCGCCUCCUGUCAAAGUUCCAAAGAUGGAAGCGCCUGAAUACGUCCAAGCACAGCCUCCCACUUACGCGCCAGAGUACAUGUAUGUGCCAGAAUUCAUGGCACGUGAACCACCUGAAGUAGCACCACCGCGGGAAGUAGAGGAAGGGAGAGCAUUCGAGGCCGUGAGACCAACCGGAGUGCUUUACGUAGAGCCUCCUUCUUACGAACUGGAGUACCUCCACGUGCCAGAAUUCAUGACGCGAGAACAACCUAUAGGUGUUCCAGCAGAAGAAAAGGAAGCACCGUUUCCAGAAAAGCCAAAGACGCGCAAAAUGCUAUUGAUGCCUUCUACUGGUUAUGAAAUGGAAUUGCCCUGGGUCGCAAGUAUUGUUACGAAGCCAGCGGCGGAAGUUCCACAGAAAGAAAAAGCGCCUCCUGUCAAAGUCCCAAAGAUGGAAGCGCCUGAAUACGUCCAAGCACAGCCUCCCACUUACGCGCCAGAGUACAUGUAUGUGCCAGAAUUCAUGGCACGUGAACAACAUGAAGUAGCACCACCGCGGGAAGUAGAGGAAGGGAGAGCAUUCGAGGCCGUGAGACCAACCGGAGUGCUUUACGUAGAGCCUCCUUCUUACGAACUGGAGUACCUCCACGUGCCAGAAUUCAUGACGCGAGAACAACCUAUAGGUGUUCCAGCAGAAGAAAAGGAAGCACCGUUUCCAGAAAAGGCAAAGACGCGCAAAAUGCUAUUGAUGCCUUCUACUGGUUAUGAAAUGGAAUUGCCCUGGGUCGCAAGUAUUGUUACGAAGCCAGCGGCGGAUGUUCAACAGAAAGAAAAGGAGCCUACUGUCAAAGUUCCCACGAUGCAAGCGCCUGAAUACGUCCAAGCACAGCCUCCCACUUACGCGUCAGAGUACAUGUAUGUGCCAGAAUUCAUGGCACGUGAACAACCUGAAGUAGCACCACCGCGGGAAGUAGAGGAAGGGAGAGCAUUCGAGGCCGUGAGACCAACCGGAGUGCUUUACGUAGAGCCUCCUUCUUACGAACUGGAGUACCUCCACGUGCCAGAAUUCAUGACGCGAGAACAACCUAUAGGUGUUCCAGCAGAAGAAAAGGAAGCACCGUUUCCAGAAAAGCGAAAGACGCGCAAAAUGCUAUUGAUGCCUUCUACUGGUUAUGAAAUGGAAUUGCCCUGGGUCGCAAGUAUUGUUACGAAGCCAGCGGCGCAAGUUCCACAGAAAGAAAAAGCGCCUCCUGUCAAAGUCCCAACGAUGCAAGCGCCUGAAUACGUCCAAGCACAGCCUCCCACUUACGCGCCAGAGUACAUGUAUGUGCCAGAAUUCAUGGCACGUGAACAACCUGAAGUAGCACCACCGCGGGAAGUAGAGGAAGGGAGAGCAUUCGAGGCCGUGAGACCAACCGGAGUGCUUUACGUAGAGCCUCCUUCUUACGAACUGGAGUACCUCCACGUGCCAGAAUUCAUGACGCGAGAACAACCUAUAGGUGUUCCAGCAGAAGAAAAGGAAGCACCGUUUCCAGAAAAGCGAAAGACGCGCAAAAUGCUAUUGAUGCCUUCUACUGGUUAUGAAAUGGAAUUGCCCUGGGUCGCAAGUAUUGUUACGAAGCCAGCGGCGGAAGUUCCACAGAAAGAAAAAGCGCCUCCUGUCAAAGUCCCAACGAUGGAAGCGCCUGAAUACGUCCAAGCACAGCCUCCCACUUACGCGCCAGAGUACAUGUAUGUGCCAGAAUUCAUGGCACGUGAACAACCCGAAGUAGCACCACCGCGGGAAGUAGAGGAAGCGAGAGCUUUCGAGGCCGUGAGACCAACCGGAGUGCUUUACGUAGAGCCUCCUUCUUACGAACUGGAGUACCUCCACGUGCCAGAAUUCAUGACGCGAGAACAACCUAUAGGUGUUGCAGUACAAGAAAAGGAAGCUCCGGCUCCAGAAGCGGAAAUGCGGGCCAAAGAGCUUGCGAUGCCGCCUUUUGGUUAUGAUGUGAGAUUCCCCGUCAUCGCAGAUUUUGCUGCGAAAUCGACAGUGGAAGUUCCACAAACACAAAUAUCGAAUAUUUCAGAGUACCACAUUGGCAUGGACCUGGCGAAGAAGACAAGCAGCAUAGAGUAUUCAGGGACGGACAGCACAAGCUUCAGGGAUGCCACCGUACCGGAGCAAGUCUAUUCUGGAACGGCUCUUGCGCCGCAUGUAUCGACAAGCAGUGAAACUACCCCUGCGUUUGAAAGCGCCGAGUCUACUUUUAUGGAAACGCUGAAGCAAAAGUACGCAACUGUCGAUGUUCCCGGUGACGCAUGCUCAUGCAAGUCGACCUCGUCGCUCGGCGCAAGCCGGGUGGAGGAAAGAGAGAUCGCGACGUGGUCCGCUGAUCAACAAGCGAGUACGCAGGCAGCGAUAAGCACUUCCGGUUUGCAGAUACCAGUCACCGUUGAGACUAAGACUGAUAGACGCAGCUCACUAGAAGAGGAUGUCGCAAACGGACUUUUCUAUUACUCCCGAUUCACAGACGCUUUCGGGAAAGCCGAGGCGCUCUGCGACGCCGAACUCGAAAAAAUAAAGCUGGAAUUCGGCCGAUUACCUUUUCCUCCCGAACAACAACAGCUCUCAGGAGCAGCCGGAAAAGUGCCGCGCAGCUCAUCAUCUUCCGACUUCGGUUCUUUGUCUAUUCACGCCGAUGCUAUUACGAGAACACUGCUUCGCGACGUCACUACGGUCGAGCGUUUUCAGCGACUAGUGCCAUCGAUGAACCAGUACGAGCCGCCCGAUGAAGCUCCGUCACAGACUUCCUCCGAGGGGCAGAAAAAGGCCAAUGCUCACAGGAGCAACUUCGAUGUCUUAACCACGGAGAAGGUCACUCGCAUGAAAGAGAGACUUGAAUACAUCGAGCCCAUCCUGUUCGAAGACUUUUCUACCGAUACUUCUCGCCCAAACUCUGACGACGAGAACAGCAACGCUGCCGAUUUUAUAACUGCGACUAUUGUCCUCAAAAGCGAAAAGGAGGAAGACAUGCGGUAUGCCGAGCCCAUGCCCUUGAUCUGUUCCAAAGGCGGAGAGCCGAGCCAGUCUGCAGCAGGCCCCAAGGAAUCGCACUCCCAGGAGGCCCGUAAAUGUCCGCCAGAGUCGGACGAGGAGCAGUUUAUCACAACCAAUGUCAAAAUGGAGACGCGCGUUAAGGAGAAAUUCCAAGUCGUGAAGCCUGUGAAACCGGUCAAGAAGCGAAAUACUACCGACGCAGAUGCGCAGUCAAAGAAGCUGGUCAAAAGUUCUAUCUGCAACGAAAUCACAUUGAAGCAGUUUCUCCAAGAGGCAGAACAUAAAAGAUUAGAGGUCACCGAGGCCGAAAUGAUCGCCUCGUUGCGGCCCGAACCCUCCGUCGCCGAAGAAGAAGCCGCGAAGCUCAUUCCGAUCGUGGCCGAACAGCGGCAGGUUCAACCCAGUAGCCAGAAGCGAACGCGCUCUCCUGGCUCACGGCCACUAGACAGAGACUUCGCCGACGAACUGCCUUCAGUCGACGAGUUGGAGCUGAUUUUGCACCCGCCGAUGAGCAUUGGAUCGCCGCCGCGGAAAAUCGACGCGAGCAGCGUCAUGCAGGCGGUCGACACGGCGGACGGAAUUCCGUCUGCCGAGGAGACCGAAGUGGUCAAAACUCACUACUCUUUAAAUGCGAAAAGCCUCGCCCCGCGCCGCCGGUCUAAGAUCGUCGAGAUGUCGGUGCUGCACUCGGUUUCGGACGCGCCUUCCGCAGAAGAAGCCGACUUUCCUAUAACCCCGCAGCUGUCCACGGAAGAAGCCUUGCGGUCCCGCGCCGACUCGGUGCACACGUGGCGGCGCCCGUCAGAAAAGUCGAUGCCGUCGUCAAGCGCAGCGAUUGAGGCGCGAAAGCCGGAGGAGGAAUAUUCGUCACUGCCGUUCAUGAGCCACACAUUCGAGAGCCAACUCGAGAUGGUCCCGAGCGUGGAGACUGCCCCUAAAGAGAGCAGCGCUUCACUUUCCCCACUUUCUGCAGUGCCUCAGCCCGAGGUGAAAGAAACGACGCUCGCAGAACAUGAGGGCCGGCAGGGCUUAGAACAAGAGCCGCUGAAGCCACCUGAGCAAGAAAGCGCAGAUCAAGAAAAGCUUCAUAGCGAGUUUUCGAGCAAGGAAACUUUUCGCGACGACCGGAGGCUGUCAGUAAAGCAUGGCUACAAAGAAAUCACAGUCAGUGAAGACAGCCAGCCGCCGGAACAACCCCAGAUGCCUGAGGUGCCGCUCAUUGUACGCCCUAGUUCACCGACGUACACGCUUCUUGAGGAAACCGCGACACUAGAUACCAUGCAGCCCGUUCCUACGCUCGAGCCCGAACCAGCGCCUUAUCCUCAAGUAGCCUCGCCUGAUGUGCGUCGCACUUACAAGAUCAUCGACGUGACGACAGUUGAAGAACCCGUGGAACAGCGCGAAGAGGUAGUGCUCGAACCCGUCUCUGUUCUUCGCCAUAGCACUGGAUACCAAAUGCACAACCGCGAGGGCUCGGUGCAGGAGCCUCUGACUGCUAUCGAACAAGAAGUGGUGGCCGAAGCAGCGCCGAAAAGCGACACGGCGUCACUAGGUGCCGACGAAAGUCUGCUGAUAGAGCAAUCUGACAAGGCCAGCGUUGGUUCCGAGGUCAACCGACCACAGGAACUGCAGAUUCCCGAAGCACCUGUCACUUUGCACCCCAGCUCGCCGACAUACCAUCUGAUUGAGGACGUCGCAACACCAGACAGUGCUGUGACUGAGCCAAACCUACAACCCGAGCCACCACUUCCUCCCCGGAUGCCUUCACAGGAGGUACACCAGACGUACAAGAUUAUUGACAUCCCAGCUAAAGAGGAAGCCCUAGACCAACCGGAAGAAUUGGUACCGGACAGUUUUACCUCUCCAGAAAUUAGAAAGACAUCCAUGGCACAUGCGUUUAAAACAUUUGACAAGUAUGCUGAGUCAGAACAAAAAGAAAACCAAGAGGACGCACACUUGCUUCCCGAAGUUAAGUUAUCUAGCUCGGAUACGAAGCAUAAAACGUUCAAGCUUCUCGGCCAAGCCAAAGCAACUGCCUCAAAACCACCGCCUGUCGCGCCCCAAGCACGCCCACUGCAGUACGAACUAGAGUACUUAUAUGUACCCGAUUUUAUGAAGCAAGAAACAUCUCCAAAAACUCCGACCUCGGAUUUUUCCGGGAAAGUGUCACCUGAAUCUAUUCCGGAACGCGUGUAUACACCCGACUAUGCGACAACAGCUGCACCAGCCGGAGGACCUCUGGCAACAGUCACACCAGGAACUUACGAAGAACCUCAAGAGUAUGCACUAGAGUAUAUCUACGAGCCGGACUUCAUGAGGUCAGAAGCACCGGCUCUAACACGUGAGCAAGGUCUAAAUUUACAAACCUCAGAAAUGGAGCUCAGCUUGCCGGCAUAUCCAAUAUCUCCGGAAAAACUACCAGGCAGCACAGCAAUACUCGCAGAAACGACACCACAGGAGGUAGGGUCGGGCUUUGAACAGUCCACGGAGUAUACAACGGAAGAACGCCAGAAGCGAUUCGCGAAGGCACCAAGCGAAAAAGAACAUCCAGCUCCAAGUGAACACGCAUCGUCCAUAGCUUCGGGAGGGGGCCAAGCGCAACCGCCAAAAUAUGAACCGGAAUAUUUGUACGUGCCGGAUUUCAUGAAAUCGGAAGUUCUGUCAGAAGGAGCCGGAGGUUCGAACAUCACUGUGCCGUAUAAAAAAAAAUCCCGCGCUCCUUCUGUCGAAGAUGUAGCAAGAGCUCCUGUAACUUACGAACAGCAAUUUCAAGGCGAAUUCUCGCAUUCCGUCGUUACUCAAGAGUCACCCGCAGGACUACAGGCGCCUACUGUCAUGGCGUCUAUUGAACAGCCCCCAAGUUACUUACAGCAGUACGUCUACGUCCCCGAGUCCGUGAGAGUACCUUGUCGCGAAGCUCCAGGUUCUGUAAACAGAGCGACGUAUCAAGAAAAAGAAUCAGCAAGCCAAUCAAGUAAAGACAUCACCGCAAGAUACGUACAGCCACCAGAGUAUGAACUGGAAUAUCUUUACGUACCAGAAUUCAUGAUGACUGAAGCACAUGUCGAAUCUGUGCUAGCACCGAUUCACCCGACCAGCGUCAUUUCUGACCUGUCACACCUGCACGACCAAGAAUUUUCCAACGUCGAGCAGCCUGAACCCAACAUAAACGAAAUGACAGGGCAUGGUGCCACAAUAGCAACAGCUGCUGCCGCCUACGAAGAAACGACAAAAUAUGAUCGCCGCUGUGAAUUUGACUCCAUGACAGCAGAAACCCCAGCAGGUGAUCUUGAAGUAUCCGAAAUGGAGCGCUUGCGGCCAAGAGAACACGAAUCGGAAGCAGAAAACAUUAAAUCUACAUCCCCAGCUCAAGAUACGUUUGCAACAGAGUCUUCCUUCCCUUCUCCCGACUAUUCCUUCGCGCCUGAAAGCAGUGUCGAAUACCGCCAAGUAUUUGAAAAACCCACUCCAGGGCCACCGCAAGACACGUCAGAGGCCACAGUUUUUACUAUAGAAGCACGCCCUAGCACGAGCGCAGCUGAGAAACAACCUGGGGACGAAUUAGCGGAGGUGACGUCUACAGAACUAUUUGCCACAGCCGCACAUAGCUUAGCCACCGCGGCGUCUACGGAAUACGAGCCCGCUAUGAAAUCGUUGAAAUUGACUGAAGAGUCUCCAAUAACAUCAGUGGAAUCAUUGCACUCAGCACCCGCGGAAACAGAGCCUGGUUUGGAGGGGUCGCAGAAGUCGCUAAAUUAUGAAUCGUUACAGCACGAAGACGGCCUUCAAUCAGUCGAGAAAAGGGACCAUGACAGCGCUGCUGAAACGGCUCUUGAAUUCAAACGUAGCGUGAAGCCGCAUGAGGAACUUCAUGGAACGUUACCUUCCACUUUGGAGGAAGAUGCACGACAAAAAGGCUUUCAGGCCGUCAACAAACAACUCGGUGAGGGUUCGGCUUACGGUUCAUCGGAUGAAGCGUUCUCCUCGGCGAUAACCGAUUUCCGGCCUGCUGGUGCGGAAAAAGAAGUUCGCGAUGUACAGUCGGGUGAAAGUGUAGGGCCUGAACCCAAACCACUCACUCAAACGCGAGGCGUAGAAUCGGGUGAAACUACCUCAGAAGAAGCGUUUCUUUCUGCAGCGAGAGACGAACACGACCACGACGGUGGUCUGCAAAAUCAGGCUGUUGCGGAACCGUCAGCGGGGACGACCGAAGAGCUUUCGUUACCAAGUUCAGAACCGGCGUCUCCCCGGGUGUCCGAGAAAGUGGAAUCCGACUUACUUCGUGUCCCAGAAAGUGGAAUCCGACCCUCCGAGUCACACUUGGCCAGUUUGCCGGGAUUGCAAGCACCGAAAACGCGAACCGAGGACGCGGUCACGAUAGAACCGUCAGAACUCCGCACGCUUGAACACGGUCCUAUCAUGGAAGCCGUGGUGGCGCCAGACUUCGCGCCUUCCGUGGAACACGCCGCUCCGCCAUCGCAGCGGCCCCUCCCCGACAUCGCGGCGCUGGCGUCGGCCGAUGCGAAACAGCCGGUGGUCGCGGUGCAGGAAGGCGUCGCGUACGCGGCGCUCUCGUAUCCAGACGACGGCGACUUGUUCGCCGUGUUCGGCGACAUCGACUUUCUGACCCCGCUGGCCACGAUCGACGCAGAGCUGCACACGCUGAUCGGCGGCUUCUCCCAGGACACGUUGGUGCCCGUGCCGCCGAUGGAGUGCGGUCCGUGCAUGGCCGCCGAAGCGCAGCCUGCGGAGCCGCUGAUACAGCUGAGUGAAGGCAGUCCUUGCAGCGUGUCCCCCGUAGACUGGCUUGUCGUGGAAGCGUUCCCGGGCCCGUCGACAGCGCCGGUGGAGAUUUCGCAGCUCGGUCUGCCAGCCAGUAUAGAAAGCUCGAUGGGCGAGGACCCGUCCAUGAGUCCGGGAGAGAAGGAAACGUCGAGGCCACCGAGGCGUCUUCCCGAAGAACCCGGAUGUCCUCUGGACGCGGCUGCUCCCGUGCUGGCGUUGUCGUUCGCGCUGAUGGCGUUCGUCGCAGCGGCGGCCAUCUUGUUGACAUCCGUGGCCGAAGGUAUGUAGAUCCAGACUACUGAAUUGGAAAUCUAUGAAGAAUAAAGUACCUGGCCUUGUCCCAAACAGCUGUCUAUCGGUUUACAAAUCAACCUUUUCAAGCCAAAGCUCCUUCUUGCAUAAAUUUCCAAUAAAGCACACUUGCUGGUCUCUCAACUCGCACACAGGUUGCUUAAAAAAGGAGGUUCAAGACAAUAUCUACAGCAGUGGCAAGCAUCAGAAAUUAUUUAAUAAUAGUCCAACAAGCUUUUUCAUUAACUGAAUUUUACUAAUAAACUUACUACUCAAAAACUUCA